UUUGCUCCUAUACUUCACCAUCCAUUUUAUCCGAACAAAUAUCCCAAGGUACACUCAUAACUCACGCAAGAGCACUUUUUUUAUCGGUCUAAAUAUAGAGUUAAGUUUAAGUUUGAUCAUUUAAUUGUUGAGUUUUCAUGGCUUCUUUGAAGUUGUUGCCAAUCUCUUUGGACUCAACUGAGUCAAGGAAGUUCAGUUUCAGUUCAAACCCAGUUCAGUUGUCUGAUAACUGUCCCAUAUUUUCAGUUUCUAGAUACAUUCAUUUCACUAGGUGUUGUAUCAUCUCUACUUUGAAUAGGGUCAAGCAUGUCAAUGUUUGUGCUUCAGAAACUGGGUUGUCUAACAGUAAUGAAGUGAAUGAAACUGAUAAUGAGAGUGUUUUGAGAAAAAGUGAUCUGGGAAAUGGGGAUGUAGAUGUAGAAAAGUCGAAUUUUUCUCGUAAAGUUAGGAGGAGAGGUUAUGGGAUGAAGAAAGGGGUUAAAAGAGAUUUGGGUUUGAGUUUUAGUUUUAAAAGGAGUGAUAGGGAGCAAGAAAAGGAGGAAUUUUUUGUUAAUAAUGGUGAAUUGGAUGUUGAUUAUUCUGUUGUUAGGGCUAAUUUGAGUGUGGAGCGAUGUAAUGCAAUCUUGAAACGGCUUGAGAGGUGUAGUGAUAGCAAUACUUUGAAGUUUUUUGAGUGGAUGAGGACUAAUGGGAAAUUGGAUAAGAAUUUGACUGCUUAUAAUUUGCUUCUGCGAGUGUUUGGUAGGAGAGAAGAUUGGGAUGCAGCAGAGAGAAUUGUUAGGGAAGUGAGUAACGAGUUGGGUAGUGAGAUGAAUUUUCAGGUUUUUAAUACGCUUAUUUAUGCGUGUAGUAAACGAGGACUUGUGGAGUUGGGUGCAAAGUGGUUCCAUAUGAUGUUGGAAUGUGAUGUUCGACCUAAUGUUGCCACCUUUGGUAUGCUUAUGGGCCUUUACCAGAAGGGUUGGAAUGUUGAGGAGGCAGAAUUUACGUUUUCCCAGAUGAGGAAAUUUGGAAUCAUGUGUGAAUCUGCUUACUCAGCAAUGAUCACAAUUUAUACCCGUUUAAGUUUGUACGAUAAAGCAGAAGAGGUUAUUGGCUUAAUGAAAGAAGAUCAUGUAGUUCUUAGGUUGGAGAAUUGGUUGGUCAUGCUUAACACUUAUUGUCAGCGAGGCAAGUUAGAGGAGGCUGAACUAGUAUUAGUCUCAAUGCAUGAAGCAGGUUUUUCACCAAAUAUCAUUGCUUACAAUACAUUAAUUACUGGGUAUGGGAAAGUAUCCAAUAUGGAUGCUGCUCAACGCCUAUUCCUAAGCAUCCAGGAUGUCGGUUUAGUACCGGAUGAGACAACUUACCGCUCCAUGAUUGAAGGUUGGGGUCGAGCUGGAAACUAUAGGGAGGCAGCAUGGUACUAUAAGGAACUUAAGCGGCAGGGUUACAAGCCAAACUCAUCUAACUUGUACACUCUAAUAAACUUGCAAGCUAAACAUGAGGAUGGGGAGGGUGCUGUAAAAAUUCUUGAUGAUAUGCUGAAGAUGGGUUGCCAACACUCCUCCAUCCUUGGUACUCUUUUGCAAGCACAUGAGAGGGCCGGAAGGAUCGAUAAAGUACCUCUUAUUUUGAAAGGGUCCUUCUAUCAACAUGUUUUAGUCAACCCAACUUCUUGCUCCAUUCUGGUCAUGGCUUAUGUGAAACAUGGACUGGUUGAUGAUGCUAUGAUUGUCUUGGGGGACAAGAAGUGGAAAGAUCCACUUUUUGAGGAUAAUUUGUAUCAUUUGUUAAUUUGCUCUUGCAAGGAGUCGGGUCAUCCCGAGAAUGCUGUUAAGAUAUACUCUCACAUGCCCAGUUCUGAUGGCAAGCCAAACUUGCACAUCACUUGCACAAUGAUUGACACCUACAGCGUUAUGGGUCUGUUCACUGAAGCAGAAAAACUUUAUCUGAAGUUGAAAUCUUCAGGAAUUGUCUUGGACAUGAUUGCCUUUAGCAUUAUUGUAAGAAUGUAUGUCAAAGCUGGAUCUUUGAAAGAUGCUUGCUCUGUUCUAGAAACAAUGGAGAAACAGCAAGACAUUGUUCCAGACAUUUAUCUGUACCGGGAUAUGCUCCGUGUUUAUCAACAAUGUGGCAUGCAGGAUAAGUUAGCAUCUCUGUACUAUAACAUCUUGAAGAGUGGAAUCACUUGGGAUCAGGACUUGUAUAAUUGUGUCAUAAAUUGUUGUGCUCGUGCUCUACCAAUUGAUGAGCUUUCAAGGAUUUUGAAUGAGAUGCUUCAGCAUGGGUUUACUCCCAAUACGAUCACCGUCAAUACCAUGCUUGACGUUUAUGGAAAAGCUAAGCUUUUCAAGAAAGUUAGGAGGUUGUUCUUAAUGGCUAAAAGUCUAGGUUUAGCAGAUGUUAUUUCUUACAAUACUAUCAUUGCUGCCUAUGGUCAACAUAAGGACUUAACAAAAAUGUCAUCAACUGUUCAGAAAAUGCAAUUUGAUGGCUUUUCGGUUUCCCUUGAAGCCUAUAAUUGUAUGUUGGAUGCAUAUGGGAAAGAAGGUCAAAUGCAGAAUUUUAGAAAUGUUUUGCAGAGAAUGAAGGAAGCAAGUUGUGCUUCUGAUCACUAUACUUACAACAUCAUGAUCAAUAUCUAUGGAGAGAAAGGAUGGAUCCAUGAAGUUGCUAGUGUGCUCGCAGAACUGAAAGAAUGUGGGCUCGGUCCUGAUUUGUGCAGCUAUAACACUUUAAUUAAGGCAUAUGGCGUUGCUGGAAUGGUUGAAGAUGCAGUAGGUUUGGUAAAAGAAAUGAGAAAGACUGGUAUAGAACCUGACAAGAUAACAUACAAGAAUCUGAUCGCUGCACUGCGGAAGAAUGAUAAGUUUUUAGAGGCUAUCAAGUGGUCCUUGUGGAUGAAGCAGAUGGGUAUAUAAGUACACAGCUGAUCUAUGUGAUCUUUUUUAUGCUUUGCCUUCACUCUUCACACCUGAAAGAACGUUGACUUCAGAUCCUUGUCAUCCACAUGAAAUUUCACUGGAUGGUAUGAACCCAAAGAUUCUACUCAUUCCACAAUUUUAAUCAGCUGCAAG